GUACACAGAUCUAAUAAUCCAGAUCUUAGGACCGCACUGAUCCACCAAAAAUGCUCCUUUUCGUAAACGGGAAAGUGGAAAAUAUUUUCUCGAGAAACAGUGAAUCAUAGCUCCUGAGUCCUGACGACACCUUACUCCAGCCAAUUACUACAAAUGAAGUGAAUUCAACAACCGACUGCCACCGUCAGCAGCUGCUCCGCCACCGCCUAGCUCCGGCAAACAAUGAGAUCCAGACCACCGCUGACUCGCAGGAGAUCACCUACUAUUCAUUAUGCCCCUGACACUCCCCUCUAUCAUACUACUGGAAAUGACGACGUAGAUAGUGGGAGAAAGAAGAUGAAGCACAGGGGAAAAAAUGUUGUAUGGUCUCCUGCAAUGGACAAGUGUCUGAUUGAAGCACUUGCUAUCCAAGCAAGAAAUGGAAAUAAAGUUGACAAAUGCUUCAAUGAAAAUGCAUAUAAUGCUGCCUGUGUUGCUGUUAAUACUCAUUUCCGCUUGUCGUUAAAUAACCAAAAGGUUAUUAAUCGUCUUAAGACAAUCAAAAAGAGGUAUAAUAUAAUCAGUAAUAUCCUCAGUCAAGAGGAAUUCUCUUGGAAUCCAAAUACAGAUACAAUCGACUGUGAGGAUGAUGAUCUUUGGAAGAAAUAUGUUGCUGCACACCCUGAUGCUAGGGCUUUCCGAGGAAAGCAGAUAGCCAUGUAUGAAGAAAUGAAAAUUGUAUGUGGAAAUUAUCAAGCUCCUAGUCGCUGGAGUAGAAUGUCAGCCAAAGUGAAUGGAAAUCCAGUGAUAGAGUGCAAGUACGAACAAGAAUCUGGUUCAUAUCUUUCAGCAAGUUCAGAGCAUAUGAACGAUUCGGAUGGAACCAAGACACAGUCAUCUGCCAAAGAACCAGUAUAUACUGAAAUGGCUGCUAAUAAUGAAGAUGAAGAUGAAGAUGAGCCCGAGGCUCAACCUGAGAGGCAAGCUGCAGAACGGACUCGUAGCUCAGAGACUCUUCAAGAUGCAAUGUUAGCGAUAGCCUCAAGCAUCCGGCACUUGGCUGACACAAUUGAGCAAAGCAAGUACACCAUUGACACCCCUGCUCUUUUGCAAGCUGUGAUGGAAAUCGAGGGUCUGGAAGAAGCGAAGCAAAUGUAUGCUUUCGAGUCUUUGAAUGAGGACCCCGUCAAAGCCAGGGCCUUCAUGGCAUACAAUAGAAGACUGAGGAGAAUAUAUUUGUAUCGACUGUUUGGCUGGUGGAGAUAAUGUUUUGGUGGUCUAUUCAACAUCUUGGUCCUUCUAAUUUUGAUGGAUGAGUAUAUUUACUCUUCCAAACUUUCUUGAGGACUAUUCAGUGAAGUGAAUGCUGUCCAUAAAUAAGAACUCUACCCGUAUUUAAGCUGACACAGAAUUGUACAUGAAUGUUGUACUAUGAUAUCCUUGUGCUGCUUAACUGAGUUUUACCAGAUAACUUGCAACUUUGCCUUUUUGUUGUGAAGAAAUUCCAUUUCAAUUUGACCUGCGGAUUCCACUUGUAAUG